CCUGUUGCAGAAUCCACUGGGAAAUAGGGCUAGACCAUUUCAUCGUUCGGGAUAUGUUGGAAUCCUCGUUAUAUUGUAACACCAGAACAUUUAAAGACGACAGGCAAAAUCUUUUUUUAAUGCAAAUUAAUUUCGUUCGGGAAGCCCUGCUCUUCAAAUUUAUAUUUUUUAUUUUAUCUCUACACGACCCCUCUCUUCUUCAUUAGAAUGGUUGUUCCUUUACACUGCCAUGUUGGAUGGAUGUAUCGAUGUUGCAGCUGGAGUUCCGAAUGAAAGUUUAGAAUUUGCCCACUGCAAAGAUUGGGGUUCCCACGGUUUAUUCCAGGCGACUGGGUCAUGGAGGUUGUUAUCCAACAACCAGGAUCCUGAAAUAUUUCAUUUUGCAGACCUCUACCUUAGAAACAACGCCAUGAGAUGAUCCGUUUGCAGGCCAUGGCGAUCAAAGGCUGCACGAAUUUUAUGUAAUGUUCAAGAGUAAAACAGUUAAUUUUGUUUAUCUAGAAAUUAUUUGCGAACAUGAAUAGCCAUCCUCAGCAACGGCGGGUUGGAAAUAUUGGCUCCAUAUUCCUCACCCCGCAAGAGAACGAAUGCCUCUUCAACUACCUGGGCAGGAAAUGCAUUGUAAGUUGUCUUGUUUACGACCAUGCCAAGCUCUCAAGCUCUCAAGUUCAAGUGCAAUUUGUCUACCUGCACCGUUGCAAAAAGAAUGUGUUCGGCUAUUUGCUAAAUGUUAGUGUUAUGUAGGCUAACGUUAGGCAAAAACCUGGCUGUAGGCCGAUAAGACGCAUGACAGCUCAGCAGCUUUUUCUAUAGCUUUGCUGGAACGAUGCAGACUUUGAGCAAGCAGAGCUGUUUGCCUGUCAGAGGGAUUUGCUGUCAAGAAAUUGGCUUGGAAAUGUAAACGUAUGCCUCUGAAGUAUUAGUGGUUUUCGCCUGGCUGUAAACAGUAAUGCAAAGGUCAUUGUUUUUAGCCUAUGCAGCACAUACCCCAUAAUUAAUAAACAUGACCGAUACAGUGUUGACCUAAGCUAAGGUUGCACUACUGUGGGUGAUAUAAAAUUGACAAUUUACUCAACCAACUGAUGCACUGCAGUCUGGCAUGUUUGCACGUUAGUAUUUUGUUAGUAUUUGACAGCCAUCGCAAUUUACCGAGGGAAGACAUUAGCCGGUGUUUGCACAAUAUGGAUUAUGUUCAGAACAUACAUAUUGUCCUUACUUCGUCCCAUUGUUUACACGAGCCAUUGUUUACACAGAUAACACAGGCUCCUUGCGUGAAGAAGCAACUAUUUUCCCAACGCUAAAGGCUAAGAAGGUAUUUGUGUCCUUACGAAAUAAAGAUUGCAGUCAGAGUGCAGUAUAACUGCAGUUAUAGUGAAGUAUAACAGCAGUAUGCUGCAAAUACUGCAUCCAAAAAUAGUCGACUACAGUUACUGCACUUUUACUGCAAUUGUUUUUGUAAAGGUGAAAGUCAAAUCUGUUUUAUUGAGAAGCUGCAUUAGAUGAACAAAAGUGUCAAAUGAGAGCCCAGUGGAACGACUACUAUAGCCUACAGUACACUGUCCAAAUAAAUAACAUUAUAAUAUCACCAUUUGCUGUAAGUCAAGAGGGUCUAGUAAGACAGAGCCAUAGCUUGAUGUGUGUUCUUUUUAUCCCAUAACAUGUGUCCUACCAUGGGAAUUGGGAACAUACUGAUCUGGAUUGAUUUAUGCCUCUGUCUGUGUGUGGCGCACACCUCUGUCUACACUUUCAGACUCGCAAACCUUUAUUAUCAAUGAAAUGUUAACUACAAAGGAGCCUAUGUCUACCUGGCAGAAUGAUAUCAUGAUUAUUUGCAUCAAUCCAGUGGCCAUUUGUUUAGCAAACUCUGCAAUCACUUGAGCGCUAUAGAAACAUCGAUAAACAAACAAUUGUCUCUGACAGGUGUGCACUUGAAUUGAAGUGGUCUCCUGAUGUGGUUUAACAGUGUUUCCCCUAUAUUCAUUUAGCAGCAGCGGGCCGCCGCUGCUAAAUCAUUGCCGCCACAACCAAUAUAAAAAUAAUAAAUAUAUAUACGGUACCAGUCAAAAGUUUGGACACACCUACUCAUUCCAGGGUUUUUCUUUAUGUUUACUAUUUUCUACAUUGUAGUGAAGACACAAAAAAAAAUUAUGCACGCAUGACUGUAAGUCGCUUUGGAUAAAAGCAUCUGCUAAAUGGCAUUAUUAUUAUUAUUAUUAUUAUUAUUAUUAUUAUUAUUAAAUAACACAUGGAAUCAUGUAGUAACCAAAAAAGUGUUAGACAAAUCAAAAUAUAUUUUAUAUUUGAGAUUCUUCAAUUAGCCACCCUUUGCCUUGAUGACACCUUUGCACACGCUUGGCAUUCUCUCAACCAGCUCCAUGAGGUAGUCACCUGGAAUGCAUUUCAAUUAACAGGUGUGCCUUGUUAAAAGUUAAUUUGUGGAAUUUCUUUCCUUCUUAAUGCGUUUGAGCCAAUCAGUUGUUGUGACAAGGUAGGGUUGGCAUAAAGAAGAUAGCCCUAUUUGGUAAAAGACCAAGUCCAUAUUAUGGCAAGAACCGCUCAAAUAAGCAAAGAGAAACGACAGUCCAUCAUUACUUUAAAACAGGUCAGUCAAUCCAGAACAUUUAAAAAACUUUGAGUGUUUCUUCAAGUGCAGUCGCAAAAACCAUCAAGCGCUACGAUGAAACUGGCUCUUAUGAAGACCGCCACAGGAAUGGAAGACCUAGAGUUACCACUGCUGCAGAGGAUAAGUUCAUUAGAGUUACCAGCUUCAGAAAUUGCAGUCCAAAUAAAUGCUUCACAGAGUUCAAUUAACAGACACAUCUCAACAUCAACUGUUCAGAGGAGACUGCGGGAAUCAGGCCUUCAUGGUCGAAUUUCUGCAAAGAAACCACUACUAAAUAACCAAAAAGAAGAAGAGACCUGCUCGGGCCAAAAAACACGAGCAAUGGACAUUAGACCGGUGGAAAUGUGUCCUUUGGUCUGGAGUCCAAAUUUGACAUUUUCGGUUCCAAACGCUGUGUCUUUGUGAGACGCAGAGUAGGUGAACGGAUGAUCUCUGCAUGUGUGGUUCCCACCGAGAAGCAUGGAGGAGGAGGUGUGGGGGUGCUUUGCUGGUGACACUGUUGGUGAUUUAUUUAAAAUUCAAGGCACACUUGACCAGCAUGGCUACCACAUCAUUCUGCAGCAAUACGGCAUCCCAUCGGAUUUGCGCUUAGUGGGACUAUAAUUUGUUUUUCAACAGGACAAUGACCCGAAACACACCUCCAGGCUGUGUAAGGGCUAUUUUACCAAGAAGGAGAGUGAUGGAGUGCUGCAUCAGAUGACCUGGCCUCCACAAUCACCUGACCUCAACCCAUUUGAUAUGGUUUUGGAUGAGUUGGACUGCAGAGUGAAGGAAAAGCAGCCAACAUGUACUCAGCAUAUGUGGGAACUCCUUGAAGACUGUUGGAAAAACAUGCCUCAUGAAGCUGGUUGAGAGAAUGCCAAGAGUGUGCAAAGCUGUCAUCAAGGCAAAAGGUGGCUACUUUGAAGAAUCUAAAAUGUAUUUAGAUUUGUUUAACACUUUUUUGGUUACUACAUGAUUCCAUAUAUGUUAUUUCAUAGUUUUGAUGUCUUCACUAUUAUUCUACAAUGUAGAAAAUAGUAAAAAAAAAAAAAAAAAAAAAAAAACUGUAAUGAGUAGGUGUGUCCAAACCUUUGACUGGUACUGUUCAAAAGUUUGGGGUCACUUAAAUGUCCUUGUUUUUGAAAGAAAAGCAAUUUUUUUGUCCUUUUAAAAUAACAUCAAAUUGAUCAGAAAUACAGUGUAGACAUUGUUAAUGUUGUAAAUGGCUAUUGUAGCUGGAAACGGCUGAUUUGAAAAAAAAUUGAAUAUCUACAUAGGCGUACAGAGGCCCAUUAUCAGCAACCAUCAGUCCUGUGUUCCAAUGGCACGUUAUGUUUGCUAAUCCAAGUUGAUCAUUUUAAAAGGCUAAUUGAUCAUUAGAAAACCCUUUUGCAAUUAUGUUAGCACAGCUGAAAACUGUUGUGCUGAUUUUAAAGAAGCAAUAAAACUGGCCUUCUUGAGACUAGUUGAGUAUUUGGAGCAUCAGCAAUUGUGGGUUCGAUUACAGGCUCAAAAUGGCCAGAAACAAAUAACUUUCAUCUUUAAUCUUUUAUUUUUAUUGGCCAGUCUUAGAUAUGGCUUUUUCUUUGCAACUCUGCCUAGGUCAGCAUUCCGGAGUUGCCUCUUCACUGUUGACGUUGAGACUGGUGUUUUGCGGGUACUAUUUAUUGAAGCUGCCAGUUGAGGACCUGUGAGGAGGCGCCUGUUUCUCAAACUAGACACUCAUGUAUUUGUCCUCUUGCUCAGAUCUUUGUUUCUGGCCAUUUUGAGCCUGUAAUUGAACUCACAAUUGCUGAUGCUCCAGAUACUCAACUAGUCUCAAGAAGGUCAGUUUUAUUGCUUCUUUAAUCAGCACAACAGUUUUCAUCUGUGCUAACGUAAUUGCAAAAGGGUUUUCUAAUGAUCAAUUAGCCUUUUAAAAUGAUAAACUUGGAUUAGCAAACACAACGUGCCAUUGGAACACAGGACUGAUUGUUGUCGAUAAUGGGCCACUGUACGCCUAUGUAGAUAUUCCAUAAAAAUGAGCCGUUUUCAGCUUGCAAUAGCAUUUACACAAUUACAACGUCUACACUGUAAUUUUGAUCAAUUUGUUAUUUUAAUGGACAAAACAAUUGCUUUUCUUUAGAAAACAGGACAUUUUAAGUGACCCCAAACUUUUGAACGUAUGGUGUAUUAUAUAUAUAUAUAUAAUAUAUAUAUAAUAUAUAUAUAAUAUAUAAUAAGAUAUAGAUCAAACAUAAUUCUACAUUCAGUACUUUAUAUCUGGUUUUAGUCAUUUAAGUUUACACUAAAAACGUUUAUUUCUAUAUAUAUAUAUAUAUGAAAUAAACGUUUUUAGUGUAAACUUAAAUGACUAAUACCAGAUAUAAAGUACUGAAUGUAGAAUUUAUAUUUGAUCUAUAUAUGUUUUUUAAAUAAGAUAAUCUUUGAGAACUAACAAUCACCAAAAUAACAACUAGACAGUCAGGGAGAAUCUAAAAUUCCAAAAGUGUCAUAGCAUGGUGCCGCCAUUGAUUUUGUUAUAAUGUUCGAGUUUCUCAGAUGGCAUAAGCCAUGGAUAAAGUGUGUACAAUUGCAGGAAACUAGCUUUAAAACUGUAAAAUUAUUUCCGCCACAUGGCAACAUUUUUACAAUUGAAGGAAAUUAGCUUUCUAACUCUAAAUUUCUCUGACCCAUGGCAUAAUGUGUAGAAUUGCAGGAAAUUAGCAUUAAAACAGCAAAAUGUUGUCUCUGUGGCCAAGAGGACGGUCUCUAAAAUAUUUGGUUGCCCACCAUCUGAUCCCAUUUUGAUCCAGAAAAAAACACUAUGUAAACAUUUUUGUGGACUUAGAACAUCUCUCUUUUUCUCCCUUUUUUUUUUUUCUUUCAAGGUGUGAUUUUGAGAGUGAAAACCUGAUAACUGGGAAUAUCGGAAACCUGGAUAAACCAAGAGGGAAUACAGAAUAAAAAAACUAAAAAAAACUGAAUCAGGCAAAAAAUUAAACCGAUUUUUAUCGUCUGGCCAGUGACCUUUCCUGUGUUAUGAUGAGGUGUGAGUUUGAGGAGAGAAAUGCUUCCUCAUGUUCUUUCUCUCCUACCCGCAAUAAUAAAUCACUGAAGAGGAAGCAAGCCAGAGUGGUAUUUCCUCUUCCUCAUUGUCUCGUUUUGUGAUUGGCACAGGUCGCUCCCUGUGUCCUUGAAGCAAACCAAGCAUGGAUUUUGUGGCCAUUGGCUAUGUCUGUCAUCAUUCUCUAUCAGGUCUGCUCAGGGUGUAUUAUUUGCAAACAUUGUACUAUGCUCUCGGGGCAAGUAAUCAGUGUUUCCUGUUCGUGGAUGUGUUCCUCUUCCUCUAUAUGGCCAUCACUUACACAUUGCCCCCUAGAGGCAUUCCACUAGUUAGGCUAGUUUCGUGAAGAAAGAAGAUAAUGUGCAAUCCAACGCUGCACUUCUUAAUCACAUUUUAUUAACAAAACAUUUUACAAAUUCUGUGUCUCUGUAUGUGUCACUAUAGUGUUUUUACUUUGCUGUAACGCUCACACACUCCCACUGUGAAUUCGUCCUCAGACCCUGUGCUCAGCGGUGGUCCAGGUGUAUGGGGCAGACAGAAGCUCAUCCUGGGUGAAGAGGUGCUGCGGAGUGGCCUGUCUGAUUAAGGAUAACCCUCUGAGGUCCUACUUCAUCAGGGUCUUUGACAUCAAGGUGAGUGAAGUAGAGGGAGGAUGGUUGAAGCUAGCCUAGCCUCACUAGCCUAACACUGAGUCCCUUUCCUGAGGAAUUCCCUCUGCUGCUAAAAGGCAGUUCAGUAAUGAAUGUUAUUUCUCUCUCUUUUCAGGAAGGGAAAACCAUGUUUGAACAGGAGCUCUACAAUAACUUCUCAAUCAACAGCUCUAGGUCGUAUUUCAUUUCGUUCGCAGGAGAUGUAAGUAUGAUAUCUCGCCACUUGAAAGCUUUUGGACCCCACGUAGACAGUGUCUUAAAUUAAAAUACUGAUCUUUCUUUCCUCUCUUUAUCACCAGAACUGCCAGGUAGGCCUGAACUUUGCUAGUGAGGAAGAGGCCAAGCGAUUUAGAGCCGCACUUAACGACCUACUCGGCAGACGCCAACGUAAAACGGGUAACUACAGUGGCUCCGCAUGCUCAGUCUACACUACCUCUGCUUUCUCAGUACCUGAACCUUUCACCCUCUGGACAGAGGAAGGGGAGGAAGCUCCAAUUUAUCUUCCUGUGCUACUACUAACAAGACCACAGGGCCCAAUCUCAAACCGAUCCCUCAUAUUACCUGAGACCUAUCUUGUAACUCAGAUCGGCGAGGGGGUUCAUUUUGGGUCAACAAGGGUCUAGGAAUUGGUUUGGAUUUGAGCCCUGUGUCAAAUUUUCCUGCUGGUUUCUGUUGGAAACUCGGUGAUAUAUCUGCAGUGGUGUUCCUCUCUGGCUUCUCUCAAUCCUUCUCUGUUUCUCUCUGCAUGCCGGCCUUUGAAGUUUGCUGCUCUUGCUGUGAGGAGUGAGCUUUCAAAUACGUGGGGCAGGGAAAGUGGGUACUGUAAUGGUAUGGUAGGGACAGCUAGCUUUCAUUCUGUACUGUUCUUCCAGUAGUAUUUGUCUUGUUUUUGCAUAUUUUCUGAAAAAGCAUUUGGCGGGCAGGAUCUGAAUGGAACUGGUAUUCUCAACAACCUGCCGGUGGCUACCUUUCCAUACACUUCCAUCCUAUUUCCGUCUGUCCAUCUGACUCUCAUAAACUAACUCUGAACGCUUUCCAGACACUUUGCUUGUCCUUUCACACUUCCAUAUACACUCUCUGUCGCUCUGAUAGCUGUGGCUAAGCCAACUUGAAUUGGCUGCGAAAUUAUAAUUGUUCCCAUUUUGUUUUGCAGAAAAAAGAUGUGACCCUGCAAAUGGUAUGUUGUCCAUUCUUUGAUUUGUACCAAUUUGUAUAGUCCAAAUUUGACCUUCAACAUGUUUCAGUGAAAUAUAAUCCUUGGCUAUUUUACGAUUUAAAAGCAUAGGUCUCCUAUAAUCAGUCAAGCAAAAUCAAAUGUAUUGGUGUACAUGCAUGUCUACACACACAAACACACACAUACACCCCUCUGCAAUAUGGCAUGAUACGACUGGUCAUUUCCUGUAAAGAAAUAGGCUAAAUCUAAUGCUUAUGAGUACACACUCACUCACUCUGAGUUGACACUAAUGUUUAGCCCCAACAUUGUGCCUUAGGGUUCAUCUGUGCAGCAUGAGGCCCCCUGUGUGCCAUGUGUAAACCACAUGGGUCACUCAGUACGUGUCCAACUGCCAACACUCUCUCUUUAAAUCAGCCUUCUCACAGACUUGUAUACAGCAUACCUUGAAUGUAAUGUACUAUGGGCUAAAAUCGCUCUGGGAUUCAUUUAAGAUACUCUUUGAAGAGGUAGGGUUUCAGAUGUUUUUGGAAGAUGGGCAGGGACUGCUGUCCUAGUGUCAGGGGGAAGCUGGUUCCACCAUUGGGGUGCCAGAACAGAGAAGAGCUUUGACUGGGCUGAGCGAGAGCUGAACCCCCGUAGGGGUGGGAGGGCCAAGAGACCAAAGGUGGCAGAACGGAGUGCUCGGGUUGGGUUGUAGGGUUUGAGCAUAGCCUGAUGGUAGGGAGGGGCAGUUCCCCUUACUGCUCCGUAGGCAACACAGUGGUUUUGUAGUGGAUCCGAGCUUCGACUGGAAGCCAGUGGAUUGUGCGGAGGAGCGGGGUGACAUGGGAGAACUUGGGAAGGUUGAACACAAGGCGGGCUGCGGCGUUCUGGAUAAGUUGCAGGGGUAUCAUGGCACAAGCAGGGAGGCCAGCCAACAGAGUGUUGCAGUAGUCUAGACGGGAGAUGACAAGUGCCUGGAUUAGGACCUGUGCCGCUUUCUGUGUGAGGAAGGGUCAUACUCUAAAGAUGUUCUAGAGCAUGAACCUGCAGGAGCAGGUCACCACUUUUAUGUUUUCAGACAUGACAGGGUGUUGUCCAGGGUCACUCCAUGGUUCUUUGCACUCAGGGAGGGGGACACCGGGGAGUUGUCAACCAUGAUGGAGAAGUCUUGAGGUCUUUUCUUUAGGAGUUAUUUCCUUUUUUGCUUCCCUCCCUCCCUCAAUAUGUUCCUUUUGUUUUCCUUGUCAUAAUUCACUGUUAUGCUGACAGAGUGUGCUUUGGGGAAGGAAGCACUUUAAUAUUUGUGAUAUUUAAUCAUUACAUUUAUGAGGUUUCUGAACCCUAAUAUGGACAGGAUAACCAUUGACAUUAUCUGUCAAUCAUUGACUUUCAUACAGCCAAAGACAACCAUCUGUAUGGUACCACUACACAGAUUCGUUGGAAGUUCUCCAUUGAAAGCUCCCAAUGAAGUGGAAUGAUGAGGGUAAACAUGUCUCAAGCGAAGGAGCUUUCAAAGUCCUCGUUGAUAGCUGAGACUUCUAACAUUUGUAGGAAAUCCAGGGAUUUGGUUGGGAUUAGCUGUAGAUUACUGAUUUAUGUCUGAUCCAUCUGCAUUUUGUGGAGAUUAACAUGGACUCGAGGAGCGUGAUCAAAUGCCUGGACAGAGGGAAGGUUUGACCACACCAUGAGAGUUUGUGUGACUAACUGGGGUUGGACCCGAAUCAUCUGCAUGCCAUAAGACUGUUAGCCUGCUGAACUGAAGCCUAACCUAGGUCUCAUGCAAGGUUAUUCCUCAUGCAAGAAUAGUUCACAGAACUACUGUAGCUCUGUUUUAGUUGGCCAUUGCAGUUUCAAUCAGAAGUCAUUAUUAUAAUGUUCCUAGACAACAUUGCGUUAAUUUGAUAGCAGCCAUGUUGGUGCCUCCUGGGUCAUUUUUUACCAUUAACAGUCCAAAGAAUUGGCAGAAUUUUAAACCAAGCACUAGAUGGUCAAGAUGAAUUGUCCAAGGAGCAACAUGGCUCCCAGCUCUGAAGUUGGCCAUAGCUCUGUUUUUUGUAUGACUGGGUUUGACUCAACUGAUGUCACAUAAGAAACAAACACACACGCAUACACACACAAUGGGAGGACAGGCACUGGCUUUGAACCAGAUUGAUUCUGUCACCGUUUCUUUAGUUGUCUGUAAAAGACUGCUGUGCUAUUCCUUGGCGUAGCCACAGGCAGUCUGAGAGCCUCGCUAGUCAGUUGGUCUACCCAACACUGUAUCAUAUGGAUGGAACAAGGAUGAAUUGCACAACUUCUUUAUCAAGCCUGUCUUUAACAGAGUCAUUGGACAGUGAGUUGAAGUUGGAAGACUGGUUGGGUCUGCUUGGGUGUCCAGUGCUGCUAGUGGAUGGGUUUUAUAUGCCAUUGUUCUGCCCCUGUUCUUUUGAGGAAGAGAAAGAGAAGGAAUAUGAAGAGGAAGAGGAAAAGAAGGGGUGUGUGGUGCUAGAGGAACCGAGGAUUAAGAGCUGGCUGAGAGAGGUAUUUAAUGGUAGAGUUGUCGUCAGGCAGAGUUCAUGUCCAUCCCGCCCUUGUCCUUUUGAGGAAGAGGAUGAUGAAGAGGAAAAUGAGGGGUGUGUGGUGCUAGAGGAACCGAGGAUUAAGAGCUGGCUGAGAGAGGUGUUUAACGGUAGGGUUGUCGUCAGGCAGAGUUCAUGUCCAUGAUCCCAUUUAAAUUCUAGUGAAUUAAGAAAUGAAUGCACAUGAUUUACAUAAUUAUGUAAUUUCUUUGGAUAAAUGUAAAAUCUUUGAAUUAUAAUUUAAAUGGAAUUUAUACUGACUUUGUUGUUGUUUGGCGCCUAUGCUGGUGUUCGGGUUCUAGAUAUUCACAAAGGCACUGGCAUGUGUAUAGACAAUUAGUGCCCUCUAUUGUUUCUUGUCUGUACACUAUUUUGAAAUAGUGCUAAAUACAUCGAAAGACUAGUGUUUUAUUGUGUGUGGUCCUGCAUUGUCAGCUGUCUUGCUCAGUCCUGAACGUUUUCCCUUGUUUCAAUGUAAAAAUAAAUAUAUAGAUAGAUAGAGAGAGAGAGAUAUUGAUAUUUACAUUUUAAGAUUGCGAUAUUGAUGGGUUCAAAGACUACCAUAGUCACAACACAGGCCAACACAGGCCAAGUUAUGCAAAGUAAGUUUACUACCAGUCAAGUAUGCAAAGUAAAUGUUACUUUUUAUUAAUAAUUUAAAAGGGUUGUGUAUGAUCUAUCUGGCCUUGGUGUAAUACAACUUGUGAAGUAUGCUAAGAAAUCAAAGGACAACCUUUUGGAUUGGCUCCACCUCAUUUCAUGAGAGAAACACUGCUUCUGAGCUUCCCAGCACUGGUUCUGAGCUUCUAGUUCUAACAGUUUCUCAUUUUCUUCCUCCAUCUCUCCCUCCUACUAUAGGCCCGGCUCUCCCUAUGGCCACAGUGGACAUCAAGAACCCAGAGAUUAACAAUGUGCGCUUCCACAACUCCCAGCAGCAGCAGCUUCCACAGCCACACCACCUCAACAACAUGCUGCACAGCAGCCUCAGCAAGAAGGAGAAGAAAGUCAAGGGCAAGAGGAAGAAGCUCACCAAGGCAGACAUAGGCACCCCCAGCAACUUCCAGUGAGUGGACCACACUUCCGUCUAGAGUACACUUCAGACGGGUCUGUGUAGAUAAAUGUAGCGCAGCUGGAGUUUUUCUGAAUGUUUGUUCUCUGAAGUUGUGUAACGGAUUGAGCUUGUCACUCAUGUUUGAGGGUGUUCUUUGUGUCUUGAGAACCUCUUCAGUGGCUCAGUUGUGUUUGUCUGCAUUCAUAAAUGUGCCUGUGUGUGUGUGUGUGUGUGUGUGUGCGCAUAAGUGAGUGGUCUUACAUGAGUGUCUGUGCUUGCACGUGUUUGUUGCUGCAUGUGAAAUGCACACCUACACACGUUUGUCAAUCGGCUUGCUUGUGAGUACACGUGUAUGUAUGUGCUCAUCCCUGUCUGUCAUGUGUCUCUCUCUUCAGGCACAUCGGCCAUGUGGGCUGGGACCCAAACACAGGCUUCGAUGUGAGUACCACACACACA